AUUAUUAAAGCAAUUAUACAUAAUAUUAUACUUGGCCAAAGGUAUACACUUCCAGAGAUCAAUCGGACUGUUUACGUCAGUUCUGUAUAUAGAUAUAUAAAUUUAAAAUGAUUUUAUCUAAAAGUCGCGUUCCUCAAUUAUUAUUCUCUUCAUGUUCAGUUAAUAAUGCAAGUUUUUCUAGAAUAAUAAUACGAAAUAUCCAAAAUAAACAAAAAUCUGUUCCGGAACCACGAGGUCAAUUCAUUGAUCCCAAGUCCUUUUUAGAACAAUGUGGUAGAGGAUGUAAUGAAUUGGCUGAUAAAUUUCGGGAUUGGGAACAUCUUUUUACAGCUUCGAGUUAUGAAAUGAAAAGUGAAAUGGGUAUACCUGCAAAGCAACGAAAAUGGAUACUUAGUUGGACAGAGCAUUAUCGAAAUGGCAUUGAUCCAUAUAUCAUUCUUAUUCGUUCAAAGAAAAAGAAAAAGAAAUAAAAAUUCAAAAAAAUUUUGCUAUAAUAGAGGCUUAGCUAUAAAAUGAAUAGACAAAAAAAUCAUAUACUUAAUAUUAAUUAAAUGCAAUUAUUUAAUAUUUAUAUGAGAAAAAUUAAGCCUUUAAAUGCAAAAAGAAUUAUCUUAAAGUUAAAAUAAUCUACAUAGG